AUGUCUCAUGGACAGUUUAUCAGAUCAAUUUGUUUGAUGCCAUCAAGAGUACCUUUAGAAAAUGACAUUCUGCUCAAUAAAAUUAAUGAUGAUAAGAACUUAUUGGCAGAUUCAUAUGAAAUCGGGUAUUGGCUUGCAUCCGAAUACACUAAUAUGCGAAUUGUAGUUGUAGAAAAUGAUAAAAUAUGA